UAGAUCAAGCCAUAAAUGAACGGCCACGAUAUGCCAUGGCCCAUGAGUGGCCAGACUAACAGCCAAAUACUGCAAUUAGCUCCUGCCAGGGACUCACUCCUAGGAUUCAACUGCAGUUACUUACUGCUCCUUGACUAACUUCUCCUGCUCUUUCUCUAACUCUAUUUAUAGCCACUUUAUUAAUAAACAUUAAUAACCAGUUUUGACCACGCCUAUAUUGCUCAAUCGCACCACAAUGGCUGACACUGACUCUAUUGUCUACAAUGAAACCGAGAAUAACGAGAGCCUGGCCUCUAAUGUCUCGGGAAGAGAAGCAGCCUCGAGGGAAGGACUAGCCACGGCUUAUAUAUUCCUAUUCGCAAUGGCCCUGGUCCCUAUAUUUAUAGGCUCACUCCGUUCUGUUGUUUAUCAUUACAACUUAAAGAAAAAAGGAGAACAAGCCGAGGAGCGUAUUCGUAUGAGAGAGGCGGCCAUGUUUCCGAUUUACGCCAGUGUCGCAUUAUUUAGUCUAUACAUGAUCUUCAAGUAUCUUCCAAAGGAUCUAGUCAACAUGGUUCUAAAUAUGAUUUUCUUCAGAUAUACAUGUACAAUUGUACAUAGGUACGUGUAUGUAUUACUACAAUUUGUGAUCUUAUUCUUCUCAUUUGUUCUCUUCCUUUUUCCUCCUCUCUUCCUCAGUAUUCCUGUUGGUUGUACAUUACUAGGAGGUCUUUUCCUUUAUGAUAUAUUUUGGGUUUUUGGAACAGAUGUCAUGGUAACUGUAGCUAAAUCCUUUGACGCUCCAAUCAAAUUGAUGGUUCCAUUGGAUCUUCCCGAGAAUGGAAUGGACGCUUCAAAUUUUGGGAUGCUUGGCCUAGGGGAUAUUGUUAUACCAGGACUUUUUAUUGCCCUCCUUUGUCGAUUUGAUUUUAACCACCACCCAUCAAAAUUUAGAGGUUACUUCUACACCAGUUUCAUAGCUUACAUCAUUGGUCUCGGGACCACCAUUGCCAUCAUGCACAUAUUCAAGGCAGCACAACCAGCUCUACUGUAUCUGGUACCAACCUGUGUUGGUCUUCCUCUUGUACUGGCCUUGAUCAGAGGGGAACUUGGACCACUUUUUGCGUAAGCCAUAUUAGGACAUUGUUAAUGUCACCAUUAUGUGUACACAAUGGGGCACAGCAUAACAUGUAG